AUGGCAGCCCGCAUGCUGGAGGGAUACAGCGGGCGGCCUGAGCUGGAUAUGGAGAGGCUGAGCCGGGAGAUAGAGGAGGCGGAGAGGGAGUUAAGAGAGCGCAGACCUGGGAGAGCACCGGAGGGAGAACUGCGGGAACUGUUGAGUUCAUGGGAGCAGCUGCAGAGGGUGAAGGCGAACAUCCACAGCCUGCAAGAGGAGAAGAAACAAAUAGCCAAUCAGAUCAAGAAUCUGACACUCAUACAUGAUGGUCAGAGUCUGCAAUCGCUCCCCAGCUACCAGUCCAUGAGGAACCGAGGAAAGGAAAUCCGCCAACAGCUUACCACCUUCUACCAGCAGGAGACUGCUCUGGAGGAUUCUUUCUACCUACGGGCGCUAAAGAUACCAAACAGAACUCAUCCCAACACGCCGGUAGGAGACGAGAGCAAUGCUCGAGAACUUCAAGUAGUUGGGGUGAAGCCUGAAUUUGAUUUUAAAGUUCAAGGCCACCUGGAGAUAGGAGAGGACCUGGAUAUUGUCAGACAGAGGCGCCUUUCGCAUGUUUCGGGUCACCGAUCCUAUUAUCUCAGAGGAGCUGGCACAAUGUUACAGCAUGCUCUUGUGAACUUUACAAUCAAUAAACUUGUAAAAAAGGGUUUUAUCCCGAUGUCUGUUCCUGACAUGUUCAGAGGAGCUGUGUUUGAAGGUUGCGGCAUGCAGCCCGGUGCCCACAGCUCCCAAGUAUACAGCCUGGACCCAUCCUCACACCCUGAUCUACACCUGACUGGCACCUCAGAAGUUGGUAUUGCAGGUUACUUUAUGGAUCAUGCAGUACAGCUCUCAGAUCUUCCAGUAAGAACCGUCUGCUGCAGCACAUGUUACAGAGCGGAGACAGACACAGGCCGAGAAACGUGGGGUCUCUACCGAGUUCACCAUUUUACCAAGGUAGAGAUGUUUGGGGUCACAGCUGCUGACAGCGGGACUGAAAGUCAGGAGUUGCUUGAUGAAUUCCUGCAGCUGCAGAAGGAGUUAUUUUCGGAGCUUGGUUUACACUUUAAGGUUUUGGAGAUGCCAACUCAUGAACUGGGGCUACCUGCCUAUAGGAAGUAUGACAUAGAGGCGUGGAUGCCAGGAAGAGGGAAAUAUGGAGAGAUUUCCAGUUGUUCAAACUGCACCGAUUAUCAGAGCCGACGACUGAACAUCAUGUACCAGGGGCCCGAUGGCAAUCUCCGUCAUGCGCAUACAAUUAAUGGAACAGCCUGCGCAGUCCCGCGACUCAUCAUUGCCCUUCUGGAGUCAAACCAGUUAAAGGAUGGCAGAGUGCGGGUUCCUGAGGUCUUACAGCCUUACAUGGGCACAGACAUUAUAGAAAAGCCGCCUUACACUCCACAGAAAUACAUCGGACCAAACCAGAAGAAGUCUGAGAGCAAGAUGACGUGACAUUGUGACCAGAAGGGACAAGGAGAACCUAUCAUUG